CUUAAUUUUUUUUAUGGCGGGAUCCUCGAGAUAUUCCCAUUAAUUUCUUCAACCGAAAAUAAAGGAAGAUGUAUUAUGGCAUAAAUUGGUCCAGAGAUCAGAUGUGUGUGAGAGAGAGAGAAAGAGGAUAGAAUAUUUUCACACGUGAGAGUUAUACAGCUUGAGUUGAUAGUUUUCUUAUGGAGACUCUCAUAUGACUAUAUAACUGCGAUGGAGGAUAUUCAGAAACCCUAACCCUUGAGUUAAGCUCUGGAAACCAAACCCCACAAUCAUAUAUUCGACAGCUAUAGCAAAGAAUCAACAAGAAGGAUUUGGAGGACCAAAUUCAUCAAGAGCAUUCAUGGAAAUUAUGUCGGCGAAAUGGUUAUCCAACCUGGAAAUGGUUGAUUACAACAAUCUUCAGUCAUACCUGAGCUCAGGCAAUAAUGAUCCCCAUUCCAUGAGGCUGAACAUGGAAAACAUCCAGCAGCAGCAUUUAUUCUCGCAGAAAACCCUAGCCACUUGCAGCGCUUCAUCGAAUGAAGGCUCACGAACAGACUGCUUUGGGAGGCCUGCGAAGCAGUUGAAGACCGAUAACAGCUGGUCUUCCGGUACAACCGCUGAUCAGCAGCAACUCUCUCCUAACCCUAGCCCUAGGCCAUCUCACUCCUCAGCCUCAUCCUCGCACAUCCUGACCUUCGGUUCCACAAGUUUGGUUCCAAAGGACGAGGCCGUUUCUCAAGGGUAUAUGCACUUUGUAUCCCUUGGCACUGAGAGUACUGUUUAUGGGGAGCAGAAAUUUGCUCCAACGAGCGUAGGUAAUGUCCAAGGGACCAAGAGAGCUUACCCCACAACAAGGAGUCCAUCGAGCGCUCAAGACCACAUAAUGGCCGAACGGAAGAGGAGGGAGAAGCUUAGUCAGCGGUUCGUCGCCCUCUCAGCCAUUGUUCCCGGCCUCAAGAAGAUGGAUAAAGCCUCAGUGCUUGGAGAUGCCAUCAAAUACUUGAAACUGCUGCAAGAACGCGUUAAAGUCCUAGAGGAGCAAACGAAGAAGAGAACUAUGGAGUCUGCAGUUCUCGUGAAGAGGAGUCAGGUUUCCUCAGAAGAUGAUAGCUCGUCUUGUAAUAAGAACUCUGACGGUCAGUUAGACCACAUGUUGCCAGAAAUUGAGGCUCGAGUUUCCGACAAGGAUGUCCUUAUUCGGAUUCAUGUCGAGGAAUGUAAAGGAUUCGUACAUAAAAUCAUGAGCGAAAUAGAAAAUCUUCACCUUUGUAUCGUCAAUAGCAGUGCCGUGCCAUUUGGGACUUCCAAUCUAGAUAUUACAAUCAUCGCUAAGAUGGAAGAUGAAUUCUGCAUCACAGCAAAGGAUCUGGUCAGGAAAUUACGAGCUGCGUCUAUGAAGUUCUUUAAAGAUGCUUGACUUGUAGACUCAGUACCAUGCACCAUAUACAGCAUGUUUUCGCUUUGAGGGGACAUU